AUGGCGGCCUUUUCUCCAGUUAUGCGGCAGCUGGGCUACUUCAGGUCGUUCAUGAAGCCUCUGGUGCUGAAGCCAUCCCAGAUCAGUCGACGAUCGAUCACGACAAAGUAUUCGCCGAAACCAGAACAAAUGCCUCUUCCUACGAAAAUGCCCAAAUCAUUGCUCUCACAGUUACCACCUCGGAUGCAGCCUACUUUUGGACGCAAGAAACUCAGGGUCUAUCCCCCACCAGCUUCGACUCGUGCGACGUGCAAAGAUCCCGUGGCAGCAGUAGUAGACACUCAAUUGACCACUCUGGAUCCUACCGGUGAGCGUAAAGCGCUCUUCGACUACCGAAGGAACCACCGCAGUGUUAAAGUCGGAGACAUCCUCCGUGUGACGUUAAAAAACGGGGACCCCUUCUCUGGGGUGUGUUUGAGCAUACGCCUGCGUGGAAUUGAUACCUCGUUCCUGCUGCGAAAUGAACUCACCCGGGUGGGUGUGGAGAUGUGGGUAAAGGUGUUCAGCCCUAACGUCGAGAGUGUUGAGAUCGUACAAAGAUCCGAGAAGAGAAAGAGACGCGCGCGGUUGUACUACAUGAGGAAGCCCAAGCAUGACAUGCGCAGCGUCGAGAACAUCGUGUCGAACUACCUCCGACAGAAGUCUGCUCUUUCCGGACAGCGGGGACAACAGGGACGGGGACAGCGGCAGAAACGGUGA